AUGUUCAGAAUUCGAUGUGACGGCUGUGGUAGUGAUAGAGUUUUAAAAAAAAAGAGUUUUCUGGUGGGCUCAGCUCAGUUUGUUUUUUUUAGGUGGUCGAAUAUGGUAAAAAAAGGAGACCGAGAUAAGUGUUACUACAACGAAUUUUUUUAUCGACCAAUAGCUUUUAAAAAAAUGCCUUCCAAUUUCAUGGUGAGCAACGUGCUUUUUUUUCUCCAUGGAGUCUUUCAAAAAAAUGCCUUUUCGUUCCCAUAUGCCCUGUCAAAAAAAAUGCUCUUUGAAGGCCUGUUCUCAGCCACGUACCAUCUCUGCCCCUCAAGACUCACCUUCCAGUUCGACUCAGCAUUCAUGUUCGUCAUAUCUUUUUUUGUAGUUGUUCUCAAAAAAACAGCCAGGAAAGUGGCGUUGCCAAGCGUCUUUUUUUUCUUUAACGAUGAAUGCGAAAAAAAGGAUUUCUUUGAUUACCAUGAUAUUUGGCAUUUUUUUUCAUCGAUCGCUUUGUAAAAAAAAGCCUUUCUACUCAUCUACAUAACCAGAAGUUUUUUUUAG